GGGCCUCAUUCAAAAUUGGGAGACAAAGAUUUGUUCUUUUCUAGGCCCUAAGUAAAACAAACUUUUAGCUUAUGCCCAGACCACCAAGAAGACACUCUCUCUCUCUGUCCCUCUGCUUCCAAUUGCUCUGAACGUAAUUCGAAGAAUUGAAAGGCUUGCAAUAAUAGCCCUUCAAUCAGCUUCAACAAGGAAAAACAACAGAGAGAGACUAUGUCAGUGCUUAUAGUGACAAGCUUAGGGGAGAUAGUUGUGGAUUUGCACACAGACAAGUGCCCUCUGACUUGUAAAAACUUCUUAAAGCUCUGCAAGAUAAAGUAUUAUAAUGGGUGUCUUUUUCACACGGUUCAGAAGGAUUUUACUGCACAGACUGGUGACCCAACUGGAACAGGCUCCGGUGGUGAUUCAAUCUACAGAUUUUUAUAUGGUGAUCAGGCUCGCUUUUUCAAUGAUGAGAUUCAUCUUGAUUUAAAGCAUUCUAAGACAGGAACUGUUUCCAUGGCUAGUGCUGGAGAGAAUCUCAAUGCUUCUCAGUUCUACUUUACAUUGCGUGAUGAUCUAGACUAUCUCGAUGGGAAGCACACAGUUUUUGGGGAGAUAGCAGAGGGGUUUGAGACAUUGACAAGGAUCAAUGAGGCUUAUGUGGAUGAGAGAAACAAACCCUAUAAAAAUAUCCGAAUCAAGCAUACUUACAUAUUGGAUGAUCCUUUUGAUGAUCCUUCACAAUUAGCUGAGUUAAUUCCUGAUGCCUCCCCAGAAGGAAAACCAAAGGAUGAGGUUGAGGAUAAUGUGCGGCUUGAAGAUGACUGGGUUCCUUUGGAUGAACAAUUAGGACCACAAGAACUUGAAGAGCGUCUUCGUGCCAAAGACGCACAUUCCAGUGCAGUUGUACUUGAGAGUAUUGGGGAUAUUCCUGAUGUUGAGAUAAAGCCUCCUGACAAUGUGCUUUUUGUUUGUAAAUUGAAUCCAGUAACAGAAGAUGAGGAUUUGCACACAAUCUUUUCACGUUUUGGAACUGUGCAAGCGGCUGAUAUAAUCCGUGAUUUCAAGACUGGAGACAGCUUAUGCUAUGCAUUCAUCGAAUUUGAGACCAGAGAGGCAUGUGAACAAGCAUAUUUUAAGAUGGAUAAUGCUUUAAUUGAUGACCGGAGAAUACAUGUGGAUUUUAGUCAGAGUGUUGCAAAGCUGUGGUCCCAGUACAGGCGCAAAGAUCAACAAAUGGGCAAAGGCAAAGGUUGCUUCAAAUGUGGUGCGCUUGAUCACAUUGCCAAGGAUUGCACUGGUGAUUCUGCCAACAGACAGCAACCUCAAAAGUACAUAUUAAAGGAUGACAAUGCGCAGCGUGGUGGAGGCAACAACUCUAGUUAUGAGAUGGUAUUUGAUGGAGACACUCCGGAAAGUCCAAGACAAGAACAGAGAAAUCAAGGUCGCAAUCCAAAUGACCGUGGAGUCGAGAAACAAACGAAAAAUAGGCGGAGUUCCGAGGACCCAAGGCAUAGGGAUCAAGAACAUAAAGACUCAAGUGAUAGGGAGAGGCACAGUGACAGAAGUAGAGGGUUCAGAGAGGAUUCAAGUCGAGACAGUAAAGCAAAUCGAUCCGGUGGAAGCAGAAGCGGUCAAGAUUAUCUUGAAGAGCGAAGGGAUAGAGAAAGGCAUAAGGACAGAGAAAGAGGCACAGAUGAUAGGAGAGAUCAGCGUGAAAGCAGAAAGAGAUAUGCUGAUGAUGGUACCUAUGCAGAGAGGAGGGGUGAUGGAGAUUACAGAAAGAGGAGUGCAGAUAGUGAUAGAGAUGUGCAUAAGGAGAGGCAAAGAAACGUAGAUAAUAAGAAUCAGCAGGAGAGUGGAAAGAGAUAUGCAGAUGAUUAUGCGGAGAGGAGGGGUGAUGAAAAUUACAGAAAAAGGAGUGCAGAUAAUGAUAGACUUGCGGAAAGGGGUAGUGACCGAGAGUACCGAAAGAGAAGUGCGGCUGAUGAUAGCCUUUCAGAAAAGAGGGACAGUGGAGAGUAUAAAAAGAGAAGUGCAGAGAGGAGGGAUGAUAUAGAAUAUAGAAAGAGAUAUGCGGAUGAUGACAGACGCAACAAGAGAGAUGAACCAGUGCACAAGAGAAGAAGUGCAGAUGUUGAUGCCUUUAAAGGUAAAAGGGAAGACAGAGAACACGGAAGGUAAUGAUGAGACCUUCAUCCCGAGAAAUGGCAGAGCAGAGAAAAAAGACUUGUACUUACUAUUCGUGAUGUAUAAUUUUGACCUCAGAAUAUUGAAUCAGACCCUUUUUUGUUUUUUAGCAAUACACUUCUCUACAAAAGGAAUUAAAUUAA